AUGGCAAAGCGACCUUACCGUGCUCCUGUGGAACGGGCUCUCUAUACAGCCCAGCUCGCGGUGGUGUACUACUCAGGCCUUAUGCUAUUUCAUCGGCGCAUGCUAUACGAAGACAGCCCAAUGGAGGUUUCACAUUUCGAAGCCCUCUCUACCAUACCUCAUAUUGCACAUGAGGCCUUUGCCCACAAUAAAAGGAACAUGUCUCCUUUUUCGUGGGGACUCGAGAUGGCAGCGAUUGAGACAAAUGAUCCUAUCUACAGGGGCUGGAUUGGGGAUCGGCUUUUGGAGGCACGUAAUUAUUAUCGCCACAGUGUUAUUGCCAGUGAGAAUUCGGACCAGAUGAUACGAUCAGACAGUGGCUAUAAGGCAUUUCACUCGGAAUAUAUGCACAGAUAG